CAUCUUCAUCUCUCCUUCGUUGUCGGUGCUAUCGCUUUCGUUCAUCGUUUCGCCGAAGCAACGAGAGACUGAAUGAACAUGGAAGGAGCAAAGAGAACUCCACUGAGCGCGAGAAAGAAACCCAUGAGGAAAAGCAGAAGACUUGUCAAGAGUAUCGUCGCUUACCUCAAGUCUGAUUCAUACUUGUACGCUCCUCUGUUUUCUGAUUUCUCGCCGCAGAUAAAGACCCCUUCUCCGUCUGAUUCCGUCUCUCCUCUGGCAGAUAGAUUAGAUUUUGAAGCAGGUAAAUUGCAAGUCACAAACUUGGUUACUAGGGAAGUGUCAACGAGUAGUACAACCAUGAGGGAUGAUAACAACAACUAUAGGAAUCUAAGGUCAGACAUUGCAGAACAUGUAUUGCGUAACGGAAGGAUCAAUUCUCCUAAACGAUCACUUGUUAUCUUAGACGGACAACAAACUGGACUAAGCAGUUAA